UUGUUAUCCCUUUUCCUUUCCCCUCAUCUUUGCUAACCACGAUAAGCUUCGUGACCUCUUUUAAAGAUUGUAGUAGAAAUACCACAUAAAAACUAUUUACGCCAAAGAAUCUUGGCAGUUGCAGGGAGCAAAAGAAAUGCCGGAUGCCGAAAACUACAUUCUCCCCGCAGACACUGGCAUGCAUCCUUCAGAUAAAAGGCGGGGUUCAAACAAUCUGACAGGUCCAAACAUAAGACAACUCAACGUUCUUUUCCAUAAAGUGCCGAACAUUUCCCUGCACUCAAGCUCCCAACAGCUCUUUUGAGCCCCAAUCAAUCAUCAUGUCGACUCGAACUGACUUUCCUGUGCUGGACUUCUCCAGAUACAAGACUGACUUUGAUGCCUUCGCCAGGGAUAUUUUCAUGGCCAGUGAGGAAUGGGGCUUUUUUAUCCUCACUAACCAUAAUAUCCCAAAUGUUGAUCGCAUGUAUGAACUGUCAACGCAAUUCUUUGAUCUUCCCAAAGACCAGAAAGCCGAAAAGACACUCGACGCGACAAUGACUGGCUACGACGGGAAGAAUCUCACAGCAUUCGCCGCUUCUGAAGGAGUCGCUUUCGGCAUGCCAGCUGGCCGUCUCUUCGAUAAGCCCAAUCUUCCCGCGUGGUGGACCCGGCCGCGACUGCAGGAAGUCGAAGACUUUAAAGCGAGCUGCUACGAUAUCAGCCUGAACAUCAUGUCCUGCCUCGCCGUUCAGUUGGGCCUGGAAAGGUCUUUUUUUGACGCUACCCACCAGCAUAAAGAUCCCGGCAACCCGCUCAAACUUAUCAAGUACCCGCGGUUCGAAAAGCAGCCGGACGGCAUUCCUCGCUUGUCUGAGCAUACUGACUGGGGUAGCAUCACCUUUGUUUUUACCGAGACGCCGGGCCUCGAGAUGCGCGACCCUGAGGACCAGUGGACAGCUGUUCCGACGAUUCCGGGGGGUGUGGUGGUGAACAUCGCGGAUUCAAUGUCCUUGCGGACGAACAAGAAGUUGAAGUCGGCGUUCCAUAGGAUCAGGUGGGAUACCGUGGGGGUGGAUAAGGAAAGGCUGAGUAUUGCUUAUUUCGUGCAUCCGAAUAAUGAUGCUGUUCUAUCGGACGUGACGACCGAUGCUGACCCAAAAGAAGCGAAAGAGACGGCCAUUACUUACCGCGACUAUUUGAAGAUUCGACUGGGACUGACGUUUGGUUCGGCCCGUGAGGAUGGCGAUGCCGGAGUAGACUUUGACACAGUCGAUAAUGCGACUUAUGAGAGAGUGAAGAACCUCGGGAUUGCAAAUUAUGGAGCUAUCGAGUCUAUUCAGCCAGAGGUGUCGACUUAGAGAGCGGAUAACUAGCAUUUGGGUUGAACAAAGUCAAUACAUGGAAACGGUUGUUUG